CGUGGCAGCCACUCACGCUCACACACUCACACACACACACACACUCACACACACACACGCCGCUGAAAGUAUGUAUGCGCAGCUCUUCUCCGCCAGAGAAGAUGAAGGGAAUGUGAAAACAGCCGUCUAACUUCACUAAAUCAAAAAUAAGAACAACACUCAAAGCCACCCGCCUGGAUUUAAGCUGGAAUUCUUCAGAGCAGACAGACUUAUUCAACAUCACCUCCGUGUUUGAAGAUAUCGCUAUGAAAUAUUACGAGAACCCAGCACCUGAUAACUCCUCCUCCGAGGACUACCCCUGGCCGUAUCCACCUGAAAGUAGCACUAAGUUUACCUUUGCUGGAUUUCCUGUGCACAGCGAGACUGACCAGGGUGUGAACAUCGCUGACAUUUCAAAAAUGGUCCUGAACAGCAGCCUCACCACAGUCUUCCUCCCUCUCGUUUACAUCUUCAUCUUCAUUGUGGGGUUGCCCACCAACGCCAUGGCCCUCUGGGUGUUCCUCUUCAGGACCAAGAAGAAGCAUCCAGCGUCCAUCCUAAUGGCCAAUCUAGCGCUGGCUGACCUGCUCUUCAUCGUGUGGCUCCCACUGAAGAUCACCUACCACUUCAACGGCAAUGACUGGACCUUCGGGGAGCCGCUGUGUAAAGUCCUAGUGGGGUUUUUCUACGGGAAUAUGUACUGCUCCGCUAUCUUCAUAGCCUGCAUCAGCGUCCAGCGCUACUGGACAGUAGCUCACCCACUUUCGCGGAAACCAAACAGCCGUGUAACAGUGUGUGUGUGUGUUUGUGUGUGGAUUGUAGUCUGGGUCCUCACUGUACCGCUAUACCUGUAUGACCAGACCGUUAAAGUCAGUAAUCUCGAUAUAACCACCUGCCAUGAUGUCACUCGCCGCAAUGAAACACACAUCCCUGUUGGGUAUUUCCUGACCAUGGGCACUGUGGGAUAUGUAGUUCCCAGUGUGGUCUGCAUAGUGUCCUACCUGCUGACCUUCCUCUCCCUCAGGAGGUCCAUAACCGAAAGUGGCGGCAGUAAGAAGAAAAGGAAGGCUAUAGUCCUCAUGGUUACUGUGCUGGUGAUGUUCCUGGUCUGCUUCACUCCCAGUAACAUCAUGCUGAUGGUCCAUUACUCUCUGCUGGCUGCAGAUCUUCAGAACAAUGUCUAUGGGGUCUACAUGGUUGCUCUGUGUCUGGGCAGCCUGAACAGCUGCCUGGACCCAUUCGUGUAUUAUUAUAUCUCAGAGGAGUUCAGAGAUCAUGUGAAGAACUCGCUGAUUUGCCGCAGUGAACGUACAUCCAAACAGAUGAAGGUUUCCUUCAGACCUGUCAGUGACUCCACAGAUACCCCAACACCUUCAACUUGCACAUCUUCAGUGGAUCAACAGCAUGAGAGUUUUCAGAAUAUGACAUCUGAUUAGGGGUAUAAAUGGACAGCCAAACCAUCGAUGCCUAAAUGAUUACCUACUGAGUUAUGGUAAAACAAGGAAUGUCUUUCUUGGUUUAAAACGUGGGGCUAAAAUGCAUGAUGCCUGUUCAAAUUAGCUAUAUUCCCCAUCAUGCCCCAGCAUCUUUCAACUAAAUGCUUUCUGUUUGCAUUAAGACAGGCUAUACGCCAAAUGUUAUCUAGAUGUAGGUGAUGAAUGAAUGAUUCAAAAACAAAAGCACACUAGCAGUUGUUCUAUCUUCUAUAAACUAUUCCACAUGCAUCUGUGGGAAAUGAUUAAAACACAAGCACAUCUAGAAAAGCACCUAGAACUGAAAGGAGAGCUAGAACAAGAAGAUUGAGUGACUAUUUAAUGAAAGUCUCUGUAAACGGCCACGGCGACCAUAUACACCUUCUCGACUUGCGCUUAUGUGAUUGUAACCUGAUAGGAACUUAACCAGGUGUUCACACUUGCUAGUCAGCUAAGCAGAAACCUGAUUGUUGUGCGGCGAGUCAUGUGCAAAUCGGCUUAUAUACCACAACCCAUCGCCGGCGCUGUUCCUUGGUUUUUGGGUUCUAUUCAAAAGACGACUGUUACUUCAAAAAUCACAAUUUAGCGUCUUGUUAUUUGUUCGACCUUAUUUCAGUGUUUACAAGAAGACUGGAACAAUUGGCCUCAUGCUGUAGCCAGGAUGGUCGUAGACAUGGUGUAAUAAAAUGCACCACACUGUACCAAGACAACGGUGCACUCCAUUGACCUGUCCAAGCUGGCUACUUUGAAUGCAGUGGCAAAGGUGGAUAAAUCUCAGCAGUGCUUAUACCAGCUCUUCCACAAAUUGCCGCAUAGCUUGAUUAUGAUUCUUAUCUAAAAGAACCGCUGACGCUGUCGCAGCCGCCUUUUUUGAGGACGAAUUGUCACUCGUAGAUUCAGAAAGUACAUUUCAGACUUACUGUUCUGCCAGGUUCUUCCAGGUUUCCUGCAGUGUGUUUGUUAUGAUAUGACACACCUUAGCAGACAGAGCCAGAGCUUUCCCGUGCCAAAAGCAGUGCAUGCCAGCUCAUGUAGCCUGAUGCACCCAAGGAAGAAUAAUGAUGCAAACUGGAGUUUGAUACACAUGACAUCAUGCUACGCAUGAAACAUCCAGGCCUGAGAUGGUCUCAGUAUCCACACUAGUACACUGACAACAAGAACGAGACCUUUCACUUGAGCGUGGUUGGACAACUUUCCAUGUUUGGUCAGAAAACGGCGACUGAGAAUGUUCCACGAGCAGUGUAGAAAUGGUCCUGGCACAGAGCUGCUCCUAACUGGGGGAAUGGACACGAUACAGAUUUAUAGCCAAACUGAACGCAAAACGAAAGCCCACAAAGUUCUUUGCCAGACACUGACUACACAUUUUCCGCCAGAUGUGGAAGACUCAAAACUUUCUAAACAGCAGCAGUGCAGGCAGAAGGACAUCGCUGGCUAGGCCAGUGGAAAAGGGUGUCAGCAGAUAUAAUUUCCAGGUGUUCAGUGUCAUAUCAGACUGUAGCCUAUAGCUAACAGCAGUGCAUUCACCGUUACACCUUUUAGGACUCCUUCUCAGCGACUGCUGUGAAAUCACAUUUAAAAAGUCGGUCUCUACCGAACCCCAGCUAAAGAAAACGGCGGCUACUCCUACAGUUCACAGAACACAAUCAACCUAAUGUACCUGUUGGUGUCUGAAUUACAUUACAUAAUACUACACCACCAAUCUCACAGUUAACAGGGAGUUUUUGAAAGUUGUGGUAACACGUUACAAAAACUAGCUCAGACUACCAUUUCUUCCUCGUUUGAUUGCCAAUAUCGCAGCCUAAGGAGCUGGCUUCAACUGAGCAGCUACUCAGCCUGGACAUGAAAAUAAUGUCAAAAUAAAAACGGGUUUGCAUUUCACAGACCUAAACUGAAGCUCUCACAUCUGUGUCCUUCAUACCUGAAUAACUCAGUCUGGAUAGCUUUGUCGUAACGUCCUGUACAGAGAUAAACAUCGUGGGAGUCCAGAGCUGUUUACUGUGUAGAUACGUCACUGUUUCCACACGGGAAACGACGAGGGAGCUCAGCGUCCUAAUGCUGCUUUUGGACAUGAUGGGCGCUCAUAUUGUACUAAGGCUUGAAACAAUGGGAAAGCAGCAGUUGCGGAGCAGUGAUUGGAGGAGAAUAAGCCGGAGCUUGGUGGCGAGCAUAAAAGUUUUGGCCAUGAUACAGUGACAGCGCUCAGAACAAAUCAAAUACCAGAAAUAUUUUCUGCCUUUAAAUGUGCAGGCCUAUGAUCAGUCCGGGUCCUGAUCUGACAAAUUAAAGGGAAAAAAACAACAUAACAACAACCCCUCUCAGACAGCCAGUUGCCUUUGUUACGAGGGGUUUUUGCACUGCAGCUCUGCUAUAAUAUCCCUCCUGCUCCUGUUUGCACAUGGCCACAGAGCACGGUAGGAUGCUAAUGGCUUAACUGCAUCAUAAAAGCAUCUGUACUCGCCGCUCAUGUAUUGCAGACCUUUCCUUAAAACUUAUAUGUACCGCGCCUCUAUACAUCAGCGGUUCUCAAACUGGGGGCUACUUAGUCAUUUUUCACUUGGUCAGUUUAUUAAAUCUGCUUUGGCCAUAUCUAAAAAGUCUAUAUAGCACCAAAAUGGGUUCUGCUAUCAUUACGAAGUCAAAGGAACCCUUAUUGGUGCUAAAAACCUUAUCAAAACGUUUCGGUCACAUUUUACUUGGAUGGUCUCCUAUAGAUGCUCUCCAGAUACUGAAAUCACUUUCUGUAGAUGGUCAGUGGAUUAUCACCAACAGUAUGGUUAUGGUUAGGGUCAGGGUUAGGAGUAGGUGCAGGUUUUACCUUGAGGUUAAGUUUAGGCUUAGGCUUAGGCUUAGGAAUAGAUUUAGUAAUCUCUUUCACACUGAACUUGAAGUUCAGUUUCAUUUACUAGAUAUUUAGUUGAAUUAUACUUAAUAACCACGGUCUUUAGUAAAGAACCCCUGAAGAACCUUCACUUUUAAGACUGUACAGUAUAUUAUUUUUAUACAGUACUUUUACAGUGUAUUGUAUCAUUGUAGGGUCAUUCUGACAGGACAGUGAAACUGCCCAGACAAUGAUUACUAUUACAGGUCAUUUAAAUAUGCUUAUUGAGCAUCUAACAUAUAGAUUUCAGUUUAAGUCACUGGUCCUUAAAUCUAGACCAUUGGUCUGGUCAAGGAUUUUGGUGGUUCACUGAGCUACUGAUGUAACUGAUGGGUCUCCUAGUCUCACAGUCUCAAAUAUCUGAAAUAUUUAAAACACUGUACAUUUGCUUUUUUCAGGAAACCUUGGCGUUAAAGUCUGCAGACUCUUCAUGUUUGUCAUAGCGGUGCUUGGCCAACAGUGGCAUUAAGCCGUGCAAGCGUUGCCACGGUGACACUGUUACCAGCAAAAAUGGAUGAUUGGAAGUGGAUGAGGUGGAAAACUGCAGGAGGACUCUGUAGACUUAUUUUCCUUUCACAACAUUUGGUUCACCAGGAAUGAAAUGACGAGGCGUUUGGCGUCCGUGGCUCCAAAACAAUCCACGUCCAGUUUAUUCCACCGCUUUGGCCGAGGGCCAUGUUUCUGUUUUUUCAACGGUCAUUUAAAAGGCAUUUAUUUGUAACUGAAAGGCUUUAAAUGUAAUUUAAGAUUUGUGUUCUACAGUGUUUUGUAUAUGAUGUUGACCAUCUUCCAGAGUGUGUUAUAAAUCCUGUCCUAUUACUUCUGGAGUCAUAUUGUCAUAUUCGCUAUGCAUUUUUAACGACAAUAAAGCUGAGUUUUACACUUUAA